UAUAACCGGUCGAUCUCAAAUUCAAACUCAGACAGACUCACUCAAAUUGAAAUUUCAUACUCAACAAAAGAAGAAGAAGAAGAAGAAGAAGAAGAAGAAGAUUGAUCACUCGCUCAGCGAUCGAUCUCAAAGCUCAACUGAUUUCAAAUUUUGGGUUUUGUAGAGUUAAGCUGUAAGAGUAGAACCCAAUUUUCAUGGAGGGACAAGGAACUGAUUCAGCUUCAGAGGCGCCUCUUGCCAACUGGAGAAAUGAUUUUUCGAAGAUGUUUCAGUACUAUCUGGACCGAUCCACACCUCACCCGCUUCAGAGGUGGCUAGGAACACUUGCAGUGGCAAUGAUUUACAUUUUGCGUGUUUACUACGUACAAGGAUUUUAUGUUAUUUCCUAUGGUUUGGGGAUCUAUGUCUUGAAUCUCUUAAUUGGGUUUUUGUCGCCAAAGGAAGAUCCAGAGCUUGAAGUUUUGGAUGGGGCUUCUUUGCCAAUGAAAGGUUCUGAUGAAUUUAAGCCUUUCAUUCGCCGCCUCCCCGAAUUUAGAUUCUGGUAUUCCAUCACGAAGGCUUUUAUUGUUGCAUUUCUCUUGACUUUCUUUUCUAUGUUGGAUGUACCUGUUUUCUGGCCAAUAUUGCUCUGCUACUGGGGUGUACUAUUUGUCCUCACGAUGAAGCGACAGAUCCUACACAUGAUCAAGUACAAAUAUGUCCCAUUUACUGUUGGAAAGCAGAGGUAUACUGGUAAGAAGUCAGCUGGAAGUAGUGGUUCAAGAAGAGACUAAAAGCUAUAAAUGUGCUGACACAAGUAAAAGAAGAAAGAGAUGCUGAAGAUUUGUAUAUAGUUCUAGGAAAAAUGAAAAAUUUGGACUUUGAACAUGCUUGUAGAUAUUUCCAAAUUCAUAGGGAAUAUGUACAUUAUAUCUCCAUGUAUACUUGGAUUUUAAAACAGCUUUGGAACUUGGAAGGUUUGCAUUUGAUGUCAGUUCUUCUGUAGUUAAACAAAAACCAUUAUUGGGAUAGAGUUUUAUCUAAUUGUGCUUGCUUAUUGAA